AUGGGGGAGGUAAUCAAAGUGGGGUUUUUCUGGGAGCGAGUGGGCACGGAGCAAGGGUUGACCUUACUUGCACUAUCAAAAGAGACGAUGAGGUAUCCGGACUCGAGAGUAGAGUCAGAAAAAUCUCGAAAUUUUAUCCACCCCUCCACCAAAUCACUAUCAACAGCACCUGCCCCGGGAUCCCCCCAGCCUCUGCGUGGUCCGUGA